CAUAUUAAGAAACUAAUAAUGAAAUGUAAAGUUUACCAAAUUACCCCUAUAUAAUAAACAUAAAUUAUUUUUUCCUUUUGAUUAGAGCAUGCACAAGAAGUAAACCUUUUGACAUUGGGAAUCCAACAAUAUCAAGUUACUAUGUGGCUUUUCCAAUCAUCAUUUAGAUGUUACUUUAUUGUCUAAGGGUAGAAUUGGAAAAAACUAAUCAAUUUAUGUCUUGAUUUCCUAAGUUGACACUUAUUGUGAGACAAAAAUGUUGGCUAAGGUGACACUUAUUAUGGGACGGAGGAAGUACUUAGUAGCCUUACCUAUAAAAUGCCUGGUAAUAUCACUCAAUUAGCAUGCAUACCUUCAAUUCUUUUCAACAUGGCAAAUUGCAAUGAAAAUGGAGUUGCACAUUCUGGCUUCAACUUGCAAAUUGAAGCAAUCCAAUCAGUGAUGCCAACGAAGUCAACUGAUCCAAGAUUAAUUCGGCGAGUCCUCGUUGGUGAAAAUCUUGGCUCAAGCAAUUUUCAAAGGCGUUUUCACAUGGUCUUUUGCUACAACAAGGCGUCAGAGACAGAUUCAGGGAGGAUGGUGGCUGGGUGGAUUAGGGAGUCACUAGGAAGGACACUUGAUGAAAAUCCAUUACUUGCUGGUAGACUUAGAAGAAAAGGAGAAAAUGAUACUAAUGGAGAGCUUGAAAUUGUGUCAAAUGAUUCUGGUGUUAGAUUGAUUGAAGCUAAAGUGCCGAUGAACUUGGCAGAUUUUCUUGAUCUUAAGGAAAAGGAAAAUGUAGAAGCUGAGCUUGUCUUUUGGGAGGAUAUUCAUGAACCAAAUCCUCAGUACUCACCACUUUUCUAUGUACAGGUGACAAAUUUCAAUUGCGGAAGAUACUCAAUUGGGAUAAGUUGUAGCCUUUUCUUAGCAGAUCCUUAUGGCAUGACUGGUUUCUUGAAUAGGUGGUCCAAAAUUCACAUCAACAUGGUAUCAGAGGCAGAUAUGCCCAAAAUUCCGACAUUUUUCCUGCCAAAUCUUAGGAAAACAGGUUGUUCGUCAACUUUAUCGUCGAGCUCAAGCACACGUACUAACCAAGUUAGCGAAACAUUAAUCUUUAAAUUACCCUCUAAGUUCUUGAAUUUAAGAGAUGAUAUCCACAAGAAUCUUGCAGAAAAAUGUGUUCAAGAAGCAGAAGAUAAACUUGGUAAGAAAUUAUCUUCAAAAUUCUGUUUGUUUGUUAGAGAAAACUCACAGGAUAUUAAGGUGGAAACAUUUUCUAGAGAAGGGAAUUCACCAUGUGGUAAUAUUGAUACAGGAUUAGUUUCAGCUAAUUGGGAUGGUUUGGAAUUAGAUGAUACCGUAAGGUUUAAUGAAGAAAAUAAGGCUGUUCACUUUUCAUGUUGGAUUAUUAAUUCAGGCAAUGAAGAUCUGGUGUUGAUUACUCCCUCUGAUAUUGGUGAUGAAGGUGGUUCUGGAAAGAAUGUUAUAGUUACAGUUUAGGAUAUUAAUCUUUCCAUAGAGAGCGUUUACUCUUUUACUGGACUAUUCAGUAGGAAUCCAAAUUAUUCAAGCCCCGCAAAUUUCUAUCAAAAAUUUGUCUGCUUGUUUGUUUUUUCUUUCUUUUCAAGGGAUUCGGGUGGACAUUGGAUUUUCAUUGAUGUUGUCCCAAGAUAUGAUUAUUUGUUACCUUGUGAUUUAUCAUGAACUGUAAUUUGAUUCAACUUAUUCGAAAAGAAUGCAUAUUAUUGUUGGGAGUUCCGAACUAUAGCUUCUGUGUAAUGAAAAAGUAAUGUAAGAU